AUGGUGCUGAUGAAUAGCCUGCAGGUCAUUCUUCAAGCCUCUGCAUGCAAAUCACUGGGGAGAAAGUUCCAGAUUUCAAGGUCUGUGCCAGUGAGGACCUGCAGCCUCUACACCUGCACUUACAGAACCCGGAAGCGAACCUUGCCCCCUCUCUGGGAUAGCGUGGAACUGGCCCCGACGGGUGAGCGCCAGUCGCCCAUCUACAUCUGGUGGAGGGACAGCACCUACGAUCCUGCCUUGAAACCGCUCACCAUCUCUUAUGACCCCACCACCUGCCUCCAUGUCUGGAAUAACGGAUACUUCUUCCUUGUGGAAUUUGAGGAUUCUGCAGAUAAAUCAGAGAUCAAGGGGGAACCCCUGGAACAUAACUACUGAUUGAAGCAGUUCCAUUUUCACUGGGGGGCCAUCGAUGCCUGGGGCUCCGAGCACACCGUGGACAGCAAAUGUUACCCAGGGGAGCUGCACUUGGUGCAUUGGAAUGCAGCCAAAUUUGAAGACUUUGAGGCUGCAGCACUGGCAGAAAACAGUUUGGCUGUGAUAGGAGUAUUUUUAAAGCUCAGCAAACAUUGUAAUGAGCUACAGAAAUUGGUGGAUACUUUGCCAUCAAUUAAGCAUAAGCUUGAGCAAUUUCGGACCUUGCUUUUCACUUCUGAGGGGAAGAAAGAGAAAAGGAUGGUGGACAACUUCCAUCCGCUUCAGCCCCUCAUGAAUCGCACUGUCCGCUCAUCUUUCCAUCACGAUUAUGUACAGAAUAUACAAGCAAAACCCAAGCCAUCAACAAGCCAAGCGACCCCAAGUGGCAUUUUGCUUUAAUACAUGCAAACUUUUUAAAAGUUGUUAACUGGACUAUCCCAAACACCUGCAUUUAAUAGUAAUUAUAGAUGUGCAUUUCUCGGUAUGGCAGUGCUCCUUCAGUCUUUGAGGAAAGCCUUUUGGUAAACUAAUUGUUCCUUCUAUUAAUAAUGGUGUUUUAUCACUGAGGCAGCAACUAGAGACACAAGUUUCUUUUACAGCAACUUGUUGGUAAUUGCAAUGUCUUUUUAUGUCUGACAGUUUUGAGCUAUAUUUUUAUGUUUAUCAAUUAGUUAUAACUAUAGAGUUCUAAGUAGGGACAAUAAUCAAAUUAUUUAACAACUGGUAAGGCACAGACACUGACCAUCCAGAAUGCAGGCCUUUCAGAAACAGCACCCGGGCCCAGACUGGUACUUCCUGGCUGAACAUUGGCCAUGGUUUUAGGUAUAUUUCAUUGCAAAACAUGAAUGUGUUUCUUUUAUAAAGCCUUCUCAAUGAGUAAAUUUGCCUCCAUCUUUAGUUGUCAUUACUAGACAUGAUAUG